AUGUCUCGCAGUAGCUACGACAGAUACCUCACCGUCUUUUCUCCCGACGGAAGGCUGUACCAGGUAGAGUAUGCGUUCAAAGCUAUCGCUGCUGCCGGCUUCACCUCCAUCUCUGUCAGGGGCAAGGACACAGCUGUAGUCUGCACGCAGAAAAAGAUUCCUGUGAGUGGACGUGGACAGCGAGCGCGUAGCAUUCAGUCGAUGUUGCAGAGCAACAGGGCACACCAGGCGUUCUAGCCGAUGGAAAGAGGUGGCAUGUCUUGAACAUCUGCGCAGGACUGUUUUUUUUUUGUCUAGAAGGCAGCCCCUCGACUCUUUACUCAUACCUCUUCUCCCCUUCAUAAUCAGGACAAACUGCUGGAGCCAUCGAGCGUGACGCACAUCUUCAAGAUCACGCAAGAGAUCGGAUGCAUCGUGACUGGGCGAGUUGGUGAGUGUAAAAGACAGAGAAGCACGACGAGGUCGGACUUGCUGAGAACUUCCCUCUCUUCCUUCAUCCUUCCUCACCCUCUUCUCCACAUCUCCUCUCAGCCGACGCACGCUCCCAAGUGCAGCGAGCUCGCUCGGAAGCUGCCGAAUUCAAGUACAAGCAUGGCUACGAUAUCACACCUGACCUGCUUGCCAAACGGAUCGCCAACAUCAAUCAAGUCUAUACGCAAAGAGCUGCUAUGAGACCUUUGGGCAUCGCCAUGAUCAUUAUCGGUUUGGAUUUUGGAAAGCCGCAAGUCUUCAAGAUUGAUCCUGCUGGGUAUUAUGUAGGAUUCAGAGCUACGGCCGCUGGUGCCAAGUGAGUAUGCGACGCACGACUGGAGGGGCGAAGGGCCAAGGGCGUGUGCACCGCGUCGCGAGUUUAUGCUUCGAGCGCUCGCUUGUUACCGCAAAUCCCGGAACCUUGCGUUGAUUGCCUCGAUAACUUUGCCAAUCUUUAGACAAACUGAAGCGAUCAAUCAUUUGGAGAAGCAAUUCAAAAAGACGUCUAGCACGACGGCAUCUGCCGGAGCUGCCGAGGGAGCAGCAGCUUCUGCAGGAGCGGAGCACAGCGUAGAUGCAGCAGCAGCCGAAGCCGAAGCGAUUUCAAGACGCAUGGGAUCCCAAGAAGUCAUCGAGCUGGCCGUUUCCACGUUGGCUACGGUCCUCUCCCAGGAUCUCAAGGCGGAAGAACUGGAAGUGGCCAUCGUGGGAGGCGAAAAGGCAGCAGAUUUGAACGAUGAGAGCAAAGAGGCUCAAGCGCAAAGGCGCUUUAGGAAAUUGACGGAGGAGGAGGUUGGAGCUGUGCUGGAUAGGCUUGCGGAGAGGGACUGA